AUGGACGCACUCAAGGUACCCGAUCAACUCCCCUCAUUAGACCACGAAGUGAUCGUUCUGCUUGAAGAGGUGCACUUCACUGUGGAUGCCGUCGACACCACGCCACGGUCACACGAGAUUCUUGCAUACCACCGCAUCUCAAAGGCAGAGGAGAUACGUGAGCGUAUACAGUGCGCUAGCAUCGUCAUCGCGACUCAAUCGUGCAUCACAGCCGAGAGCCUGGGCGAAGCACCGUAUCUGAAAUGCAUCAUCACGCCAAGUGCCGGCAUCAACCAUAUCGACCUGGAAGAAUGCAAGCGCAGAGGGAUCAAGGUAGCAAAAUGUCCAGGGUCGACAUCCCCUGCGGCCGCAGAGCAUGCUCUUAGUCUCUACUUCGCAGCGAGACGCAAGACCGUGAUGCUUCACAACGACAUUCGAACUGUAGAUGAAAAUAGGGCAAACCUGUGGAAGCGCCAACACAGCCUUGCGCUGAAGAUGCAGACGGCGAAUGAGCGCCCACCCUGUUCUCUCGAGGAAGAAGUAGCAGGGAUCAUUGGAUACGGCCAUAUCGGAAAACGUCUCGAGACGCUUUGCACAGCCCUCGGUAUGAAAGUAGUAAUAGCAGGGCGAAAGUACAGGGCCCCUGACAAGAACGCUACUACUGACCAGAUGCCGGCGCGGACCCCUUUCGGCGAGGUAAUGAGGACGGCUACUGUGCUCUUCAUAUGCUGCACAUCGAACAGCGAUACGCAGAACCUCAUCGACGCAGCCGAGCUCAGCGCCAUGCGCCCCGAGGUAAUCAUGGUGAAUAUCUCGAGAGGAGGCGUGAUCAACACCCAGGAGGUCGUGAAGGCGUUGCGCGAGCGCCGCAUCUCUGGCGCCGCGGCAGAUGUCUUUGACCAAGAGCCGGCCAGCACGGAAGGGGAUAGUGCCUUUCUGGCGGAGGACACGAAGGAUCUGAAUUUGACCUUUUCACCACAUGUGGGCUACUUCUCUACGAAGACCAUGGUUAUUAUGAAGGACAUGGUCAGGGAGCGAAUCAAAUGGUUUGUUGACGGAGACUUCAGCAAGUUCGAGGUCUAA